GGAGACCUAUUACUCAGCACUGUGCUGCAAAGCAUUCAGACACGAAUAAUGCAGUCUUAGUCUCUGAGUGAAGGAAGCUGGAUCAGCAUUAUGUAUGGUGUAGUACAUGAAGAAGGGAGGCCUCUUGGGAAAUGCUCUGGGGGCCUGAGUAUGGAUCUACUGAGCUACUUUCCAAGCUGGAAUACCACUGUAUGGUUGAUGUUAGAGCCGUAACCUGGGUCAGAGGGGCCUGCGAGCAGGUCACUUGGGUGACAAUGAAGAACAGGAAAAAUUACUGAAGAAAAGCUGUACAUUGUAUGUUGGAAAUCUUUCCUUUUACACAACUGAAGAACAAAUCUAUGAACUCUUCAGCAAAAGUGGUGACAUAAAGAAAAUCAUUAUGGGCCUGGAUAAAAUGAAAAAAACAGCAUGUGGAUUCUGCUUUGUGGAAUACUAUUCAAGAGCAGAUGCAGAAAAUGCCAUGCGGUACAUAAAUGGAACUCGUCUGGAUGACCGGAUCAUUCGCACAGACUGGGACGCGGGCUUUAAGGAGGGCAGGCAGUAUGGCCGUGGGCGAUCUGGGGGCCAGGUACGAGAUGAGUAUCGGCAGGACUAUGAUGCUGGGAGAGGAGGCUAUGGAAAACUGGCCCAAAACCAGUGAGUGGUGAGAGCCCCAUCACGAAAAACUCCUCCUUUGGCCUCUUGAAUUUGAUGUACGUUACCCAAGGUCUGCACACCUGCUCAUUUUUACCAAGCUUUGAUCAAUGUCUGUACUGAGCGGGAAGCCCCUUCAUGGUUUUCCUCUGAAAAUUAUUAAAGGACAGAAUCCAAAAGGAUGCCUUUAAUUCUUUCGUCUUAGAAUCUUGGCCAUGUGUCAGGUUACCAGAAUGAUUUUCUGUUACCAGAUCAAAAAUUGUGUUCCUUGGCAACAGAUUUGAUCUAUAAUGUUGAUCUUUCAGACCCAAACACCACACUUUUUUUUAGGAAGACUGGAAAACUUAAAAAAUUUGUUUACUGUGUUUGCAUCUAAGUAGGUUCAUGGUCUGCACUGGGGCCUGGAAUUAUUAUUUUUUUAAUUCUAAGUUUGCGUGGGAUAAAGUUUAAUAAAUGGAGUUUUGCUUUGUUGUAUAGCUUUGCUCUAAAUUAGGAACAGAUGUUUGACAACUGAAUUUGUUUUCUAUGUUGAAUUCUAAUCUCUAAAGGCAAAUUUAGGAGUCAAGGGGACUUUCUAAAUAGUUGGUGCAAAAGUACGCCUUAGACAGACCCAGGGGACACCACCUACUUCCAUGCUUUACAGAUCAGGAAGUUAGGGACAGGACUUGGAAGGGUAUUUACUAAACACACUUUUCAAAAGAUGUAAGUGUUAUACCUAAAGCUAAAAAAAGCAAGGGUUUGUAUUAUGGAGAACCUCAAAUACUUAUACGAGCAGGGGGGACACUGUCAGUAGGAAAUGGGAUGAAGUAUCGGGGACAUGAAUUAAUUGCCUUGACAUGAUGGUUGCUGUGAGGGCCAUCAGAUUUAUUCUUUUCAUUUUCGGCAUGAUCUUGGGAAUGGAGUGGGUUUAAAAAAGAGCCUGAAGAUCCAGAGAAUGCUUAACAAAAACAAUCAAAUGCUUCCCUCAGGAAAUGUGUUUCGGCCAGUUCCCAUACUGAAGUGUGUCUUGUUUUCCCCAAUUGUGCUUACUGAGUUUCAGAGCUUUGAUAGUGAGCUGAUGGUCUCUACAGAGAAGGGAGUCUAGAGAAUUUAUUUUGCAUUUGUAAGGCAAGAGGUGAUUUUUCUCUAAUAUUGUGUGUGAACUAUAGCUUAUUUAAAACUGCUAGUCUAGUAUAAUUUUCCCUGACAAAUGAAAUUUUUUCAUCUAGCAACAAAGUAUCUCGUAACUUCCAGUACUUUGUGAAAAGUUGGGGCUGAAAUAUCUCAAUGUGAACAUCUGUCCUGGUACAGUAAGUGUAGGUUGUCUCUUUAAAUUGAAACUGGUUAUUUGAAUUUUUAAAAGAGCUAUAACUAGUUGUAAGUGCUUUGGAAAAAACUGUUGGCAGACAUUUAAUUUAAUGAGGACAUAAUAUUCAUUUUUAAAGUUUCUUUUUACAUCGUAGUUUGAAUUAAUGUACUUUAUAUUCUUUUGUAGUAAAACAUAACUCUAAUUUCUAUAGGCCUUAAAACCACAGACAGUGGUUCCUAUUUGAAUUGUGUCUUCUGUAACAGAUUUCAAUAAAGUUGGACCAAUAUCA